GUUGUUGCAAUGGUGGUGUCGGAGGGACAUUGAAUGACUUUGGCUCCAUCACGAAAAAAAGGUAGUUUUUAACCAGUUUAAUCCGUGAACCGCGAGUAUGGAGGCUCUCAUUCCUGUCAUAAACAAGCUCCAGGAUGUGUUCAACACGGUGGGAGCGGACAUCAUCCAGCUGCCGCAGAUUGCAGUGGUGGGGACUCAGAGCAGUGGAAAGAGCUCUGUGCUGGAGAGCCUGGUGGGCCGGGAUCUGCUGCCUCGUGGGACUGGCAUCGUAACCAGGCGACCCCUCAUACUCCAGCUGGUCCAUGUGGAUCCUGCAGAUGCCAGGAAGAACGACGACAGUGGAAGAGAAGGUGAAGAGUGGGGGAAAUUUCUACACACCAAGAACAAGAUCUACACAGAUUUUGAUGAAAUCAGACAAGAAAUUGAAAGUGAAACUGAGCGAAUAUCUGGUAAUAAUAAGGGAAUCAGCGAUGAGCCCAUUCAUCUGAAGAUCUUCUCCCCUCACGUUGUCAACCUCACGCUGGUGGAUCUGCCAGGAAUCACUAAGGUGCCCGUCGGCGAUCAACCCAAGGACAUCGAGGUGCAGAUAAGAGAUCUGAUCCUGAAGCACAUCUCCAACCCCAACUGCAUCAUCCUGGCCGUCACGGCGGCGAACACGGACAUGGCGACCUCGGAGGCCCUGAAGGUGGCCCGGGAGGUCGACCCCGACGGGAGGAGGACGCUGGCGGUGGUGACCAAGCUGGACCUGAUGGACGCCGGCACCGACGCCAUGGACGUCCUGAUGGGCAGAGUCAUCCCGGUCAAGCUGGGCCUCAUCGGCGUCGUCAACAGGAGUCAGCUGGACAUCAAUAACAAGAAGUCGGUGGCGGACGCCAUCCGGGACGAGCACGCCUUCCUGCAGAAGAAGUACCCGUCGCUCGCCACCAGGAACGGAACCAAAUACCUGGCCCGGACUCUGAACAGGCUGCUGAUGCAUCACAUCCGGGACUGCCUGCCCGAGCUGAAGACGCGGAUCAACGUGCUGGCGGCUCAGUACCAGUCCCUGCUCAGCAGCUACGGCGAGCCGGUGGAGGACCAGAGCGCCACCCUGCUCCAGCUCAUCACCAAGUUCGCCACCGAGUACUGCAACACCAUCGAGGGCACGGCCAAGUACAUCGAGACGGCCGAGCUGUGUGGCGGAGCCAGAAUUUGUUACAUAUUCCACGAGACGUUUGGCAGAACGCUGGAGUCUGUGGAUCCUCUGGGAGGCCUGAGCACCAUCGAUAUCCUCACCGCCAUAAGGAACGCCACGGGCCCCCGUCCGUCCCUGUUCGUGCCCGAGGUUUCCUUCGAGCUGCUGGUGAAGAAGCAGGUGAAGCGGCUGGAGGAGCCCAGCCUGCGCUGCGUGGAGCUGGUGCACGAGGAGAUGCAGCGGAUCAUCCAGCACUGCAGCAACUACAGCACGCAGGAGCUGCAGAGGUUCCCCAAGCUGCACGAGGCCAUCGUGGAAGUGGUGACCUCCCUCCUGAGGAAGAGGCUCCCCAUCACCAACGAGAUGGUUCACAACUUGGUGGCGAUCGAGCUGGCCUACAUCAACACCAAGCAUCCGGACUUCGCCGACGCCUGCGGCGUCAUGAAUAACAACAUCGAGGAGCAGAGGAGGAACAGGAUGCGAGAGCUGCCUGCUUCAGUGCCCCGGGAUAAGUCCGUUGGCAAAGGCCCGGCCGGCCCGACUGUGGCUUCUGGCGAGUCCCCCGCGUCCGGAGUAGACAUGGACGGUGCCAAGGCGGCGGCGGGGGCGGGGCCUCCGGGGGAGCAGGACGGCACCGGGAACUGGAGGGGCAUGCUGAAGAAGGGCGAGGACGCCCCGGGCUCCGGGCCGGGGAGCCCCCUCAAGGGAGUGGUCAACCUCCUGGAUGUGCCGGUGCCGGUCGCCAGGAAGCUGUCGUCUCGUGAGCAGCGGGACUGCGAAGUCAUCGAGCGCCUCAUCAAAUCCUACUUUCUCAUCGUUCGCAAGAACAUCCAGGACAGCGUGCCAAAGGCAGUCAUGCACUUCCUGGUCAACCACGUGAAGGACAGCCUGCAGAGCGAGCUGGUCGGCCAGCUGUAUAAAUCCGGCCUCCUCAACGACCUGCUGACCGAGUCGGAGGACAUGGCCCAGCGGCGCAAGGAGGCGGCCGACAUGCUCCAGGCGUUGCAGAAAGCCAGCCAGGUGAUCGCCGAGAUCAGGGAAACACAUCUGUGGUGAUGAAAAGGAACCGAAGCGAAGCGACCGACGCUCAACGCUCUCAUCAUGGAAGUUAGAAAAAAAAAAAAAAAAAAAAAAAAAACACAGCGAAGCUCUAGUGUACAGUUAGAUGUCAUCGUGGUCUACCAGAAGCGAACAUUUAGACUUCAUGAACAAAUCGAUUUGAGUUUAGAAAGUUGUCGGCGUGGUCAACCAGGAGGGAAAUGGACUUUUAGAGACCUUUAGCUUAUUUAAAGACAUGAAAUGUCGUCAUCCAGCCCUUCAUUUGGAUCCUUUUUCAUCUUCGCCAAACCAUGAAGUUUGAAUUCUUUUCUUUUUUUUUGCACUAUCGUCGCCACACUGUAACUGUAUAGCGUUCUCACUAUUUAUUGAAGUGUUAUUUAAAUGUGUGGUUUUCAGUUUACAUAUCGCUGCCUACACGUGAAAUACAUGGUGCACUGUGAUCCUGUCUGGUUCCCAUGAGAGAGAAUAAAUACAGGUAUUUUGUUGCCAC